AUGAAUAUAGAAUGCAGCCUGCGAAAAUUUGUUAAAGUUUGCGUUAUAGGGGGCGGCAUAGCGGGGCUAAAUGCAGUUGACACAUUGGUAAAUGGUGAAAAUUCAACUUUUUCGCCAGAAGAUGUUGUUCUUGUGGAAGCACAGGAUUACCUUGGAGGACGUAUUGUAACGGACAGAACCUCUUCUAAGCUAGGGCUACAUUACGAUAUUGGGGCAGCUUGGUUCCAUGACUGUUUACUGAAUGAACUUUUCAAUGAACUCAUCAAUGGUAAAGAUUUCUCCUCUGAGGAGAGUUUGUACUUUGACGAUUCUCCCGUGCUUUAUUACUCUUCAGAAAGCGAAGGACGGGUUAAUCUAUCUAAAAACAAGGUGUACAGAAUAUUUCAAGAUUUUCAGGAUUUUGUUAAUUUAAAUUACGAUGACCUUAAGGAUAAUGAUGAUUCUGUAAAGAAUAUGAUUCAAAAAUAUAUUCAAAAAUACAAAAUGAUCUUAACCCAAGAGCAAAUAAAUCUUCUUCCUAGGUUGAGUCGUAUGCUUGAAUUGUGGUAUGGGAAAACUUGGGACUCAAUUAGCGCUAAAGAUUGUCCUUUUCAUCAUUCAGGACGGGAUGUUUAUAACAAGCAAGGCUAUGACCACAUUCUAAACAAGUUAAUCUCUAGAAUUCCAGAAAAUCUGAUUACACUCGGCCACGCUGUAAAAAAAAUCACAUAUGGUAUUUUUGAUGAUUAUUCUAUUAUGGUGGAAUGUAGCAAUGGAUCAAGUAUUAGAUGUGAGUUCUUGGUAAUUGCUGUUCCUCUCAGUAUUUUAAAGUUACCUGUUGGUUCGGAAAACUCCAUCGAGUGGUCACCAUCUUUACCUUGUGAUAUAACCAAUGCCUUAUCGAAAAUGCACGUAGGAUCCCUAGGUAAAGUAAUUCUUGAAUUUCCUUCAGUUUGGUGGGAUGAUACGGUAGACCAAAUAUUUUUGCUUCCGGAUACGGAUGUAUCCCAAGAGUAUGGGACUACCGAGUGUUUGCCGAAGCUAUGGACUCUAGGCUUAGAUGUGCUCAAUAUAGCCGGGAUACAUCGAUUGCAUUCUUCUACGAUUAAAGGAGGCAGCUUGUGUAUACUUACUCCUCAUCCAAUUACGGAGUACUUAGAGAAGAAUCCCGAGAAAGCAUGGGACUAUUUGAAGCCAGCAUUAUCAAAGUUGCGUCUUGAUGGGCAUAAAGUUGAAAGUCCAAUCAACGUAAUCACCUCUAAAUGGACUAUAAAUCCUUACAUAAGAGGAGCCUAUUCAGCCGCCUUUCCUGGUGACGAUCCUGACACUCUAAUCAAUUUACUUUCAGGAGCAACAAAAAAUGGUCUCGAGGAGCUUAAUAUCAGAUUCGCUGGUGAGCACACCAUAGAAGAGGGAGCUGGCUGCGUACAUGGUGCUUGGAUGAGUGGAAGGAGGGAAGCACAGUGGAUAUUGGAUCAAAAAAAAAACGCGAAUGUAGUGGUAAUCUAA